AUGGCGUUUCGUCGACUCUGUCCCUGUGUACCUAGGUUGAUUAGGUUCGCCGGAUCUCGUGGCAUCGGUACUGCAACCAAUUAUGCUCCUACUAUUGAGUCGGCACAUGUACCACCAACUGAAGUCAGCACGUUGAAAAAUGGGUUCCGAAUCGCUUCGGAGAAUUGGAAUAUGCCUACAUGCACUGUUGGAGUCUGGAUUGAUGUCGGCAGUCGCUUCGAAACAGAGGCUAAUAACGGUGUUGCACAUUUUCUUGAGCACAUGGCUUUCAAGGGCACAGAUAAACGCACACAGCAAUCAUUGGAAGCUGAAGUUGAAAAUAAAGGGGCCCAUUUAAAUGCAUACACAUCGAGAGAAAUGACUGUUUACUACGCUAAGUGCUUUUCUAAGGAUUUACCUUGGGCGUGUGAACUUAUUUCUGAUAUCAUCAAGAACAGCAGGCUUGACCAGCAGCAAGUCGAACGUGAGAGAAGUGUCAUUUUAAGAGAAAUGGAAGAAGUAGAGAGCAAUUAUCAAGAGGUUGUUUUCGACUAUUUGCAUGCCACAGCUUACCAAGGCACGCCUCUCGGUCGUACCAUUUUGGGGCCAACUGAAAAUGUCAAGUCGCUCCAACCUCGCGAUAUUCGCAAUUUUGUAAGAGCCAAUUAUAAGGCUCCAAGAAUGGUCCUCACCGCCGCAGGGGGUGUUGAUCACAACCAAUUAAGAGAUUUGGGGGAAGAGUAUUUCGGUGAUAUCUCGGCCAUCUACGAUUCUGGUGAUGGUACAUCGGGUAUUUCACCGUGUAGAUUCACUGGCUCCGAAAUCCGCGAUCGCGAUGAUGCAAUGCCACUUGCCCAUGUUGCUCUUGCUUUUGAGGGCCCAGGUUGGUCGGACCCGGACACUUUGGCUCUAAUGGUGGGAAGUAGCAUCAAUGGUGCGUGGGAUAGAACACACGGAGGGGGCUCCAAUGUUGCGAGCCACCUAGCUAGCAAAUUCUUUGAUCAGGGCAGCGUACACAGCUACCAACACUUUUUCACAUGUUACCACGACACCUCGCUUUGGGGCGUGUAUUUCACCAGCGAAAAGAUGGGAUUGGAUGAAGCAGUUGGUUCUUUUACGAAAGAAAUGGUUCGUAUGAGCACACAGAUAACGGAUAACGAAGUGUCUCGGGCAAAGAAUCAACUCAAAACCCACCUCAUGCUUCAGCUGGAUGGAACCACACCCAUAUGUGAAGACAUUGGACGCCAAAUGCUUGUUUAUGGACGCCGCGUACCUAUAAGCGAAAUGCUCACGAGAAUUGACGCCAUCAAUGCUGAGAAACUCAAGGAGGUCUGCUCCAAAUACAUUUUUGAUCGGUGCCCGGCAGUUGCCUCGAUCGGUAAGUUACUUCGUGAAGGGCGUUUUUUAACUCCUAUCACGCUGGUGCCCAUCUUCCAGUUUAAGUACACUUGUCUCAUCCUUAUAUUAGGACCCAUUGAAGUACUGCCGGAUUAUAAUCGCAUCCGUGAUCAAACGUGGUGGCUGCGCCUCUAA